AUGAAAGAACUAGACAUCGAGCCACUUCCAAGAGAAAACUGUCAUGAUCAAGGAUCAGAGUCAGUAGCCUCGAACGGCCAAACUACUCAGACUCCAUCCGGAGAUCCAGCUCAAUCGGCAGCAAGCGACGAUGUUCCGAUGCUACCAAACCAACCGACCGGAUUAUCAGCUCAAGAAAUCCAAGCGGCUCAGGACUUGGAGCAACAGGAUCACAUAGUGAAACUGUACGAGUACCAUUUCAGCAAAUGGAGAGAUGCGCAAGCAUCGAACCCCAACAACACUCGAAACAUAAUGAUCUAUCUCAAAAGAACAGAGCCUCUUAGCGAGGACCUCGGGAGGAUUCAUUGGCAAGGAACAAUACCUCAAACCACAGACGAACCAGUACCAGCAUCCGACCCAAGCGGAGUCGUCAACGGGUCCAGCGAGAAAUCAAACCCACAAGCCAUCGAACACCCCGUACAACCGACCAGCUCAAGCCGAGGACGAAGCCCACAACAUGCAACAGAUGUUGUCAUUCAGUUGAGCUUACUACAGAGCGGUCAAAGGGAUGAGAGGUCCCCACAAAGGGAAAGGGAAGCAAAACCCUCAACAAUAGAUAGGGUCUUUUAUUCUACUCCCAGCCCGUUUUUGACAUCUCAUAGACUUAGAAACGAUUUAGCUCCUCAGAACGAUAAUGAUACCGUUGUCAAAUCCAUUUCCUUGUCUAUUGAACCUAUGCCUGUUACCACUAUGCCUAUCCAACCUAUGCCUGUCACGAGAGAAGUUGUUGAUAUCCCCAAUACUACAGUAAAAGAUGUUCUUGUAUCUAACCACACUGCAGUCAAUGAUAACAUUUCUAAACGUACUACAACCUUGCCUGCUCAAAAUCAAUUGAGCCAAAUAAGCGAGACAAUUAAAACUUUAGCCCAAAACAAGAGAAAAGUGCCAAUCAGUUUGAGAGACAACAAGAACUUUGAUAAAAAUAAGUUUAUAGCAGAGCUGAAUAAGCCGAAGAAGAAUACGACAAGUAUAGAAGAUAUACUUAAAGAAACUGAAUUCAAGAAGACCACCCAUGCUCCUCAGGGAACGCCAAGAGAUACCUUUAGAGAUAAAAGUUUCGCCUCAACGGAUGCUGAGAAAAGUCUCAAUACUAGAUUUCAAGGUUUGAGAUUGCAGACAGAAAGCCUAUCACCUAAAUCGAUGAUAUCUCUGAACAAGGGGAGAAUGGAUUUGGAAACAAAGUUAAAUAAACUACAAAGCAACAUCAAAGAAAAAAUUGAUGAAGCUGUUACAAAGCUCAACAAUAAAUGGGAUCUAGGGUUGAAUAUCCUAAAUGACGAAAUAAGAGUACAUUUCGAGGAAAUGAGUUACCACAUGGACCAGGCAAAUAAAAUAAGUACAUGCUCAGAAAUGAACAAGAUACUGAGUGAGCACCUCGAAAACAUGGAUGAUAUCAUGUCUAAUGCCGUAAUGGUGAACAAAGAAAUAGUCGAAGCAAAUAGUCGACAUUUAGCAGGACUAAUUAAGUUAAUAGACAACAAGAUAAUAGAACAAAGUCUGAACUGCUCUUUAAUACACCGUAACGUGGUAAGAUUAGUGUCGACAGUAGACAAGUUGAACACGAGAGUAGAAACCCAGCUUGAAGAACACAAUAUCCUAAAUGAUAUAGUGCCAGAAUCAGAAGUAGCAACUGGAAAUAACCCAUUUGCGCACAAAUUCCAAGGGAUACCUAAGAGCCAAAAGAAAACCCUUCUUAAAGCAAGCUUGGAGGAGUGGAAGAAAGCCAUUAAAAAGGAUUUCGGAACACCACUAUGGAGACGUCGAAUGGCAUCAGCCUUCGAGCGCGAUAAAUUCAGAAACGAGUAUAGAUCUAGGUCCAAUUCUUGGCUGCUGACACAGCGUAAGAGAAUGGAAGCAGCUUGGUCGUUCCUAGAAACAUCCGAACAUAUAGACAAAAUAUUGAGUCUGUGCGGCGGGGAAUUGGAACAUGCAGUUCAAUCGAGAAUUAACGAUAAGACAAGUUUUGAAGAAUUCAUGAAUAUUUUUGAAGAGAUAGUAACAACGACCUCCAUUGGAAAAUUGGCAGAGAAACCUAAUAACCUGAGAGUUACCUUUAGUAACAAUAAAGAGUCGAGAAACCCUUUUUCAAGAGAUGCAACUAAAGACCCAAGAAGCUCUCCAUCGAGAGAUUUUAAGACAAGAGACUAUAGCCAAAACAAGUUUGCCGGAAGUGAUCGGAAUAAUACUUCCAAACUUCCCUUUAGGAAUCGAGAAGAUCAACAAGGAUACAGUAGGAAGCCCAUCAAUGCAGUAAACUGUGACGAAGAACAAUACAAAUUCAAGGACGGACCUCCUUCAGAGGACGAAAAGUCGGUACAAGAAUCAGUACGGGAUGAUACAACAGACGAAGGAGAAGAUUUCUGCGUAAGUAAUAUAGAUAUGUCUCGAAGGGAACCUGAGGACGAUGAUACAAACGAAGAUCCAGAAGAAAUCGGAAAUGUUACACACGUAACACAUGGAAUAUCUCUUGAAGCAUUAACAGAUAACAUACAAGCUGCAGAAACCAUGACAGAUUCAGCAACGUCUUUUAGAUUUAUAUCUCGAGAAAGGAUAACGAUGCCAGAAAUAGAUACAUACCUGACAGUAUUGGUCGGAGGAUUCGAAAAAGCUAUGCUUAUAGAUACGACGAGGAUUAAAUCGUUCGUAACAUCUGGAAUGCUCAAAGAAUGCUGGCCGACCUGGAGGACAGAUAUCAUUUCCAAUACGAGGGAACAAAAUUUGAACGAAGCAACGGAAUUAGAAAUGAUUGGAUCAAUUAACUUACCUGUCAAAUUAGAACAUCAGACGAGACCAUGUUUUAUAUACAUAAGGUUCUCUGUCCUCGAUGAUGACCAGUCCGAGUUCCUAACACUUGGAUGCGAAACUUUAAAGGAACUAAAGAUGACCAUUUACAUGGGACCACAACCCUCAUGUGGAAUCUGGGAGGUGAACGAAUCAUUUUCUUUUUGA